GUUUCCCUUAUAAGGAAUAUUUUGAAAGUGUUUGCUGAAGGGGAGGCAAAGUUCACCUGCAUACACCCCUCCCUUCUCCUUAGCAUGACAGCAGUCCUCUCUGUGAAUGAGCCGUCUCCUAGGUUCCUGAGCCCAGCUGAGCAGGAUCUCUCAUAUAGGACUUUAUCUCUCCAAAGCAGCAAGUAUGUCAGAACUCAACUCCAAAGCUGUAAAGCAGCUCGACAAAACCACACCUGGAAUCCAAAUAUGGCGUAUAGAGAAAAUGGAAAUGGUACCUGUGCCUCAGAAGACAUAUGGAAACUUCUUUCAAGGAGAUGCCUAUGUUCUCUUAUCAACCCAUAAAGCUGGAAGUGGCUUCAGCUAUGAUAUCCAUUACUGGAUUGGAAAAGAUUCAUCACAGGAUGAGCAGGGAGCAGCAGCGAUCUACUCCACCCAGAUGGAUGAUCACCUGGGAGGUGUUGCCAUCCAGCAUCGUGAAGUCCAAGGACAUGAAAGUGAGCUCUUCAAAGGCUACUUUAAAGCUGGAAUCAUCUACAAGCAAGGGGGUGUUGCUUCAGGAAUGAAGCAUGUAGAAACCAACACAUACAAUGUGCAGAGGCUGAUCCAUGUUAAAGGGAAGAAGAACGUAGUUGCAGGGGAGGUGGAGAUGAGCUGGAAUAGCUUUAAUCGUGGUGACGUCUUCCUACUGGACUUAGGAAAACUGAUUGUUCAGUGGAAUGGUCCAGAAAGUAACAAGAUGGAAAGAUUAAAGGGAAUGAACUUAGCCAAGGACAUCAGGGACCGUGAACGUGGCGGAAGAGCUCAGAUUGGUGUGGUGGAUGGAGAAAAUGAAGGCGCAUCUAACGAGUUAAUGAGGCUACUCAAACAUAUGCUGGGAGAGAGGAAGGAGAUCAAAGCAGCUAUUCCUGAUGACAUCGUGGACCAAAGGCAGAAAUCCGUGAUCAAGCUGUACCAUGUUUCAGAUGCUGAGGGAAAUCUGGUUGUACAGGAAGUGGCUACCCGACCUUUGACACAGGACCUCUUGAAUUCUGAUGAUUGCUAUAUAUUAGACCAAGGAGGGUUGAAGAUUUUUGUCUGGAAAGGAAGGAAUGCCACCAAACGAGAGAAACAGGAAGCCAUGAGCAGGGCUUUGGGUUUCAUCAAAGCCAAAGGUUACCCUCCCUCCACCAAUGUUGAAACCAUGAAUGAUGGUGCAGAAUCGGCUGUAUUUAAACAACUCUUCCAAAAGUGGACCACAAAGGACCAGACAGUUGGCUUGGGCAAAACCCACACUGUUGGAAAAACAGCUAAAGUAGAACAAGUCACGUUUGAUGCAACCACCAUGCAUGCCAGGCCAGAACUUGCAGCACAGCAGAAGAUGGUGGACGAUGGUACAGGAGAAGUAGAGGUCUGGAGGAUUGAAAACCUGGAACUGGUCCCUGUGGAAAGGAGGUGGCUAGGGCACUUCUAUGGUGGAGAUUGUUACCUUAUACUCUACACCUACAAAGUUAACAACAAGAUCUGCUACAUUCUCUACAUCUGGCAGGGGCGGCAUGCUAGCCAAGAUGAGAUUACUGCAUCUGCAUACCAAGCUGUGAUUCUAGACCAAAAGUAUAAUGGAGAACCAGUUCAAGUCCGUGUACCCAUGGGUAAAGAACCUGCCCACCUUCUAGCCAUCUUCAAGGGACAGAUGGUUGUUUAUGAGGGUGGCACCUCCAGGACUGGGAACACUGAACCAGAAUCUGACAUACGGCUAUUCCAGGUACAUGGAGCAAAUGAAUCUACCACCAAGGGAAUUGAGGUCCCUGCCCGAGCUUCAUCUCUGAACUCCAAUGAUGUCUUUGUCCUAAAAACUGAGAACUCCUGCUUCCUCUGGUAUGGCAAGGGUUGCAGUGGAGACGAACGUGAAAUGGCAAAAAUAGUGGCAGACAUCAUCUCCAAGAGAGAGAAGCAGGUUGUGGCAGAGGGACAGGAGCCCACAGUCUUCUGGAUGGCCCUAGGAGGAAAGGCACCAUAUGCUAAUAGCAAAAGGCUACAGGAGGAGAAUGUGGAUAUUGCACCUCGUCUUUUUGAAUGCUCCAAUCAAACUGGUACAUUUAUUGCCACAGAAAUAAUGGAAUUUACUCAAGAUGACCUGGAUGAAGAUGAUGUCAUGCUGCUGGAUACAUGGGAUCAGGUGUUUCUGUGGCUUGGGAAGGGAUCAAAUGAAAAGGAACGCAGUGAGGCAUUCACAACCGCUAUUGAGUACUUAAAGACGCAUCCCAGUGGGCGUGAUGUCAACACACCCAUCAUUAUAGUGAAGCAGGGUUAUGAGCCUCCUACCUUCACAGGCUGGUUUCUGGCCUGGGAUCCAAUGAAAUGGAGUACUGGUAAAUCAUACGAAGAAAUGAAAGCAGAACUUGGAGAUAGUGAAGCCAUCAUACAGAUUACAUUGGACAUGACUGAUUCCCUGCCACAGUUGUCACCUCUGUCACCUCAGUCUCCAACAAGAACAAUUACCAAGGGGCCUUUUCAGAUUUACCCAGCAGAGAGACUUGUCAACAAGCAACCAGAAGAUCUACCUGAUGGUGUGAUUCCUACCAGGAAAGAGGAGUAUUUGUCAGAUGAAGACUUUAAUGAAAUCUUCAGCAUGUCUCGAGCCAACUUUGACAGUUUGCCUCGUUGGAGACAGACAGCCUUGAAGAAGGAGUAUGGUCUUUUCUAGAAAAUACAAAAAAAAGGAAUAAACUUAAUGUGGACUUAGUCUACGGCUGAAGGAAUAAUUUAUUGGCUUGAAGUGAAACUUUUAUAAAGCAGCUAUGAAAGCUACAAUUGUUGUGUUGAAUUGUCAGCUUUAUGGUAUUCAUAGCCCUUACUGGCCAUCUAUAUCAAGUGACAUUCCCAGUCAGAAUCAGAAUCCCCUUUCUGUAAUAUAAAAUAGAAUGUUGUGGUGAACUGUACAAAACCUGUCUUACCUCUCAGUCUUUCAAAUGUUGAGUGUGUUGUCCUAUGCUGAGUGCAGUUGUACUUGUUUUUCUUUUCCACAAAGAAACUAAAUGACCAUAUGUUCUUCUAUUAGUAUUCAUAAUUAUUUGCCCCCUACAAGAAGAAAAUAUUUUUACAUCCACAACAGUGGGAUUUUUACCUGUACUUUUCCAGAAUGGUGGGAAUACAGUCCCAUUUUACUAUCACUCAAGCCUCCUAGUGUAUAUGGAAAAUUAUGCAUCUCAGUUACUGCCUUUGGAAAAACCCUGCAUUGUAUCAUGGAAUUCAUAUUUCUGUCCACGCAAUUACACUGUACAGUGAGUAUACAUCAAGCCAUUAUUACAGGGUUCUUAUACGCCCCUUAUUAAGUAGAAUCUUUUGCCAGUAAUCCCAUCUGUUCCGUAAAUAAUUUGCGCCCUCUAUUCCUUUACACAGAAUCUAUGCACUUAAGUACAAUACACAGACAGGAUGCAGUCCCAACCUUUACAUUCAUAGUUACAUGUUUUAAGUCAUCUGUGAAUAAGCUUGUAUUUAUUUUUAUUUUUAAGAUACAUAUUCUGGGUCUGCUUUGUUGCAUGUUGCACAUUUGAAUCCAAAAUAGAACUAGUCAACAACCAAGAAGUAGUACCUACCAUGCCUUUCAACAGUGCCUGUAGGAGGCAAUCCUCAUUUCUCCCUUACAAUAGCCAUUCCACAAGGGAAAGGUGCUGCCAGUGUAUAGCAGGUGCUGUGAAUUUAAGCUUUUUAACAAGAAAUUCUUUUGCUUUCUAAUU